AUGGCGGUGCAGCUGAUCGACGCGCGUGGAAAAAAAAGAAAAUUAACCUCGGAAUACUUACUAGAAUUGAUAUCAGACGGAAACGAGUCUGAGAUAGAGGGUUUCGAAGAUGAGGAAUGUCAUGAAGAGGAAGGCAUUGAGGCUGUACCAGAUCGGGUGGCAGGUCUGUCGUAUUCGGACAAUGAUAUUUCUAACAGCGAGCAAGAAGAAGAAACCACUAACAUUCAGGCACCAAUAAGUCCUAGUCCGAAUACAGUCUGCACUUGA